AUGAAUGAGGCCCCCGCCAUCCGCCACCAGGGACCUUCGGUCACUCCUCGUGAACUGGGCUUCUCCAGGAGCCCCAGGCUCCCCCUGCGUGGACGCACACGCUUUCCUGAGCGGGACGGGGGGCACAGGAAAGAAGGAGGGGGCAGGGCGGCGGAGACAGAACCCGCGCGGCUGCAGCAAUUAGCUGAGGCCGGUGACGAGCCCCCAGGAGCCGCGGAACACCCUGCCGGCCUGAUCCCAGCCCGCCUCCCUGAACCUGCUGGCGUCCCUCACGCGGAUCCAGGUGGAGGAGGAUCGCGUGUGCCCGGGGGGCAGAGAACGCAGUUAGCGGCCGCGGGCUGCCUCAAAGCUGUCACCCUCCAGUUCACCCUGAUGCUGCAGGUCUUUGGUCCUCUGGGCUAUGUUUUCCUCGCCUUUCCUUUCUGUAAUUCAGGUUUUGAACAGUGGGGGGGAGGGUCAGGCCUUCACCCCGAGCGGCUGCGGGAGCUCGUCCCCAGAAAGGCCGAGGCAGCACAGACGCCUGCUCGCUGGGCAGCCUCCCAGACCCCUUCACUGACCACCUUAGCAGUCCCUAGGGCUUGCAGCUGUUCCCCACACCUGGGACCGGCCCACUUACGCCCCACCGCCCCGGAUGUGCAGAUGCCGCAUCCCAAGGCGCACAUGGUCCAGGAGGACCAGGGCAGCCCAUCACCCUCAGCUUCAGCAGCACCCGAUUUUAUCCUCCAGUUUCGCAAGCCGGGGCUGGGUCUCGGGACACGGAGGAGCCGCCUGGUCCAGCCCCACAGCCUCUCUGCCAACCCGUCCCCUGCCCUCACCAUUUCCCACCUGGCUCGAGCAGCCAGGCCCCACGGCAUCAGGCCUCCUGGGCUGGGGGCUCAGGAGCUGAGAGGCUGUCCUGUCAGCAGCCCCAUGGAGGGUCUGGAUGCAAAGCUCCUUCCACUGGACGUGGAGACCCAGACAAGGGCCGACAGCCACACCAAGCCUGUCAAGCCAUGUGCUGCGGAUGUGAGGGGCGGGAGGUGGGCUGACCACGCUCCCAGGCCCUGCCUCACGCCGCUGCAGACAAAACCCGAAAAACAGUCCGACUGGGUCCAGCUGCACAGCGAGGAGGGACCCUCCUCCGUCCCUGAAGGGGCAGCAGCCGUCCAGCUGUUUGGCCAAGCACUCGUCUGGCGCUGCCGUGGAGAUGGGGGUGGUUAA